AUGAGCAACACCAAGAAGCGACGCAUCACCGCGUCCGGCCUCGUCGGCGACGCCUGCGCCGCGGAGGGCGCUGGGGGCUGUGGCCGCUGCCAGCGGUGGGAGACACCCUGGGGCCCCGGCGCCGCGCUGCCAGCGCUGCAUCUGUCCCUG